AUGGUCAAAUCCGCUGUCUUAGGUUACCCCCGUGUUGGUGUAAAUCGAUCCGCUAAAAAGGCCAUCGAGUCAUACUGGGCUGGUAACUCAUCCGCCGAGCAACUCCAAGAGACUGCCAAAAACAUCCGAAAGGAGCGAUGGGAGUCCAUCAAGAACGCUGGUGUAGAUGUUGUCCCUUCAGGUGACUUCACUCUCUACGACCACCUCCUUGAUCACUCUUUCAACUUUGGUGUCGUUCCCGACCGAUACGUUCAACAAAACUUGUCUCCCCUUGACACCUACUUCGCUAUGGGUCGAGGUCGACAAGACCGAUCUAAGGGUAUCGAUGUCGUUGCAUCCGAAAUGGGUAAAUUCUUCGACUCCAACUACCACAUCGUCAAAGUUGAACACUCUCCUUCCACUGAGUUCUCCCUCAAAGUCAAUCAACAACUCGAGGAAUACAAAGAGGCCAAGGAGCUUGGCAUUACCACCCGACCUGUUCUUUUCGGUCCUAUCACCUACCUCUCUCUCGUCCGAAAAUCCCGAGAAUCUCCCGCCGAUUUCGAGCCUAUCCAACUUCUCGACAAAUUGCUCCCUAUCUACAAGGAGCUCUUGACCCAACUCAAGGAAGCUGGUGUUGAGGAGGUCCAAAUCGAUGAGCCCAUCCUCGUUUUAGACAAAUCUGAGUCUCAAGGUGAUCUUUUCAAGAAAGCUUACGAGGCUCUUUCCCCCGUCGCCCCCAAAAUCACCAUCACCACCGCUUACGGUCGAGUUGGUAAAUCCAUCGAGUUCCUCAAAGACCUCCCUAUCCACGCUCUUCAUCUCGAUCUUGACCGAGAGCCCAAACAACUCGAUGAAGUCCUCGCCGCCCUCAAAUCCACCAAACUCGCCAUCGAGCUCGGUGUUGUUUCCGGCCGAAAUAUUUGGAAGAACGACCUCAAAGCUUCUAAAGCUCUUGCCGACAAGGCCAUCGCUGAGCUUGGUGCUGACCGAGUUACCGUUUCUACCUCUUCUUCCCUUCUCCACACUCCUAUCUCUAUCAAGGUAGAGACCAAACUUACCUCUCAACAAGUAUCAUGGCUCUCUUUCGCCACCGAGAAAUGUGAGGAGGUAGCUACUCUCGCCGGUGCUCUCAACGGUAAAGAGUCCGAAGUUUUCGAACAAAACACCAAGGACAUCGCUGCCCGAAGAGAGUUCGAGCGAACUUCCGACUCUGCCGUUCGAGACCGAGUCGCCGCUAUCACAGAAGAGCAACUCAAGAGAAAGUCUCCCUUCCCCGCUCGACGAGAAGCCCAAAAGAAGCACCUCAACCUCCCCAAGUUCCCCACCACCACCAUCGGUUCUUUCCCUCAAACCAAGGAAAUCCGAGUUGCCCGAGCCAAAUUCGGUAAAGGUGAGAUUACCAAGGAGGAAUACGAGAAAGCCAUGGAGAAGGAAGUUGGUUCCGUUGUUGAAUUCCAAGAGAAAGUUGGACUUGACUUGCUCGUCCACGGUGAACCCGAACGAAACGAUAUGGUCCAAUACUUCGGCGAACAACUUACCGGAUUCAUCUUCACUCAACUCGGUUGGGUUCAAUCUUACGGUUCUCGAUACGUCCGACCCCCUAUCGUUGUUUCCGACGUCUCCCGACCUGCUCCUAUGACUGUCCAAUGGUCAUCAUACGCUCAAUCUUUGACCAAGCUCCCCAUGAAGGGUAUGCUGACUGGUCCCGUUACCAUCCUCAACUGGUCUUUCCCCCGAGCCGAUGUUACCAAGGAGGUUCAAUCUAAGCAACUCGCUCUUGCCCUCCGAGACGAAGUUGUUGACCUCGCCAAGGCCGGUAUCAAGGCUAUCCAAGUCGAUGAGCCCGCUAUCCGAGAAGGUCUUCCCCUCCGAAAGGCUGAUUGGGACAACUACCUCAAAUGGGCUGUUGACUCCUUCAGACUCUCAACAUCCGGUGUCGAGGACGACAUCCAAGUCCACUCACACUUCUGUUACUCCGACUUCGGAGAUAUCUUCCCAUCCAUCCAAGGUCUUGAUGCCGAUGUCAUCUCCAUCGAGGCUUCCAAGGCUGACCUCAAACUUCUUGAUGUCUUCAAAUCAUACGGUUACUCCAACGAGAUCGGUCCCGGUGUCUACGACAUCCACUCUCCUCGAGUACCUUCGGAGCAAGAGAUCAAAGAUCGAAUCGCUUCUAUGCUCAAGGUUCUCCCCGCCGACUUGAUGGUUGUCAACCCCGAUUGUGGUCUUAAAACCCGAGGAUGGAAAGAAACCGAGGAAUCCCUCGCCAACCUCGUCGCCGCCGCCAAGUGGGCCAGAGAGACCUACGCUUAA